AUGGCGGCGUUCAGCAGGAUGGAUCUGCGGCGCAUGUUGCAUUGGGUGCAGUUUGAGUAUGUUAUACUGUUCGACGGGCCUCCUCCCAUGUUCUCCAUGAGCGAGGCGAGUUCAGAGCGGCAUGACGAUGAGGAGAUGGGUGAUUGGAGGGCGGAGAAGAGGUGGAGGAGGCUGGUGAAGAUUCUCGGGACGGAGAAGGAGCAAGCGAAGUGGAAGAGCCGGUUCUCGAAGAGGGGUGUCCAUGCGCCUGAGGACGGUGAGGAAGUAUCAGCGUCUGGUUCGGAUGAGGGAGAAGGGAUGCCAGAGGGCAGACAAGGUGGUAAUAAUUCCGAGGACGGAGAAGGGGCAGAGGAUGUCAUGGAGGAUAAAUCCUCCCUUGAGGACGGAGAAGGCGACGAAGCCCCGUACUCGCCCCUGCAGAUCUUCGCUGUCGCUGGAGUCACGCGCGAUGAGGCUGGCUACCUCAUCGACUUGCGCCUACAACAGCUUUCCUACAACAAGCAGCCGGCUGGAGCUACUGAGGAUGACCGCACUGUUCCCGUCCACUCCACCAGACCAUUCACCACUCUCCAGAAUCUAGCGGCUGAAAUCGCGGGCAGGCCAUUCGGACUCAUCAUCAACCCAACUGGAGACGAUGCACGCAACUUCUUCUUCAGUGGAUGGUGUCCUGCAGGCUGUGACCACGGCUUCGUCGACGACCAGGAUGUUCUCCACCAGCUGCUCCUGGAACCCUUCGAGCGCAUCGACGCCUACCGCCCGCUGUGUCCCGUCUGUAUCGGCGUGGGCUAUGCGAGACAGUACAAUCACCUGCGCUCUCACCGCUUCGACAACACGAUCCCUAUUGAUCAGGUCGAAACCUUCUACUCGCACCUCAAUGCUCGUCUCCUACUCGUUCACAAUACGCACUACGACUUCGAUGCCGGAGACUUGGGCCAGCUCUUCGCCGACAUGAGAGGUGAGUUCACACCGACGCGCGACUCGCCGAUCCGCGAAGCUGCCCCUGAAGAAUUCAUGGACAAUCUGCUGCCUCGCCAGUACCAUGAAGUCGAAGGUCAGAAGGCCGAUGCUUGUGGAGUCUGCCAGGAUGACUUUAAGGUCGGCACGGCGGUCUUGCAAUUGUCGUGCGAGCACGUCUUAUGCGAGGAGUGUGUGAUUAGGGCGUUGAGGGUCGAUGGCAGAUGCCCGAGCUGUCGGUACCGCUUGAGUCAGCCUGCUGAUUGA